AUGGACUCUCAGAAGUUCUGCCUCAAAUGGGACGGGUUCCAGGGCAGCGUCACGUCCGUGUUUGACCAGCUCCGCUCUGGAGGAGAGCUGCUGGAUGUCACGCUCUUCUGUGAGGGACAGCGUGUCCGGGCCCACAGGAUGAUGCUGUCUGCCUGCAGUCCGUACUUCAGGGAACUGCUCAAGGAGCUCACUGAACUACCCCCUCGCCCCGCGCCAUCUGCGCCGUCCUCACCGCCGGCCGACCCGACCAACGAGAACGACACAGACGCCCUCCGGCACUGCUGGCAGAGGAAACUGAAGGAGAGCGUCGUUGCCAGACUACCCGAGGCGCCUACCUGCACCAGCUGCUGUCCCGGUACAUUUUCCCCGGAGCAGAGGUGCUGGUCGAUCCUGACGACUCGGACAGUCACGACAGACUCGCUGGACUCGGACCGCGGCAGUGACGAUGAGUCUCCGACUGCUGAGGGCGACCACCCGAACAACUCCACGGAUACUCCGGAGACGGCAGUCACUCCCCCGCACACCGACUCCUGUCCUCCAACGCCUCCUAGACGAAUUACAACCUCUGGAGCAUCAUCGGGAGCACCGGGGACGUCUUCUUCAUCACCUGCUGAGGAGCAACCCUCGGCUACACCGGCGAUGAACCCUUCUUCGUCAUCUGAUAUCGAUAUGGAGCCAGAAACGGUGGGUUCGCCGGGCUCAGCCCUGAAAAGGCCGAUCAGUGAAACACUAGGUGAAGAGGAGGGGAGCGGUGUGAAGAGACCGGCGUUCUGUGGCGGGGGUGAGCCUGGCGUGUCUCCCGCCACCGCCAAAACCGCCCCCGCCCCCGCCACCGCUGGAGACAGUGGUGGUGCGCAGAGUGCGUCGGAAAACACCACCGCCGCAGCUGAGGCGAUCAGCUAAUCUAUCACUUCGGGAUUCGGUAUCAGGGGAUUCGGUAAAACACACAAUGGGGAUAUCAGUUCGGUGAGGGUGUUCACGCACACCAUUGCUCAUACUGUUAGACAAUUAACCACAGAUGCUAUUUUCAUACAGAGUCAGCGCGAUGUGCGCUAACCAUUUGCGUCUAGGUGACUGAUGUGCUUGAACUGCAGAUUGGCCGAGAUAGGAAGUGCCGCGUGGAAUGUGACUAGAAAGUGGAAUUUGGGAACUCAAUUGAAGCGAUUCCUAUGAUAGUGAUCAUGUGAGCUAUUUUGGAGCUAUGAGCCAACGGUGACCUUAUUUAGGACUAACAUCUUUGGAGUUAAACGGAACGGAACGAGCCAGUGGCUAGCUUUGAGUAGUUUUAAGCCAUUGGUGAGCUAAUUUGGAGCUCGGAGCUCAGGAUGAGCUAAUUGGAGAUUUAAGGAGGAUGAGCUAAUUUGAGCUAUCUGAACCAGUGGUGAGCUAAUUAAUCCCAUCUUUUGGCGUGUAGCCGAACAGUCGCUCCCCAAAUAGGUACGUACCUCAUUCUAUUCAUGACGUCUUUUGAUGAAACACCAGCGGUUUCUUGUAUUCAGUGCCAGUUCCGCCAGGGGCGCGCUCAUCUUCUAUGACACGCCGUCCGGCGACCUUGGGAUCCCACCUUGGCGGGGGUAGACGUCGUUUCCCCCGACCCAGACCACCACCGUACCUAGGCGCCGACCCUCUGGUCG